UAAAGCAUACAACUUUCAUUUGCAUCAUUUCUCUAUCUCCUUCUCACUUUUGUUCUGUUUUCGGCCGAAAUUAUGAGUAAGGAAAACCAAUUUCCUAAAACGGAAACCUUCAUGAACAAGGAGUGGCCAUCUUAUAUUUAUGGCAUGGCAACAGGUCCAAAAUUUUUCAAUGAUCCAAUCAUGUGGGGUGCUUUAUCUGGUACUGCUUGUCACAAAAAUGGAAGUGGCAGCGGAAGUAAGUUAUCAUCAUCAUCAUCAUCACCAUCGCCUGAUAGGCUGCUUUCAAGUUCCAAUUCCAGUUCUUCAGCAGAGGAGGCUCCUGGUGCCAAUUUGUUGAAAAACAUUCCCGGAUUUAUCAGACAGGAUGUUGUGCAUGAACACCAAUCAAGUUUAUUUGUUUCAGGAUUUAGUUCUGUCCACCCGCCUGGAGAUUCUGUUUCUGAUAUUAAGGAUGGUUUUAUUCCAGUGAACUUUUUGGAGUCCUUUCCAGAAGUACACCAUGCUCAAGUUUCCGAACCGCCUUCUCCAUCUUCUUUAUCAACCACAUCAAAGUUCCCAAAUUUAACUUUGUUUUUGCCAGAACCUACCAUGAUAGAUCCAUCCACACGAGCCAUUGUUUCCAUUGGCAAAAAGAGUGAACCUACAUCGAACUUGUCUCAAGACCCUACAUACCACACGCCUCAACUUGGCCAGAUUCAGUCUCAACCGGGCAAUGAAUGGCUUAGAAUCAACCAGAGUUUGACAAAUUAUCCAUCCAAAGGUUUUAGUGACUAUUGGCUUAGCACUACCAAGACUCAGCCUAUGAAGUACUCUGGAAGGAGAUUGCAUAAUCAGCACCAAAAGGGUUCUUCUGUGUCAUCAGCCUCAUCAACUGGAAAGCUGUUCAGAGGGGUAAGGCAAAGGCAUUGGGGAAAAUGGGUUGCAGAGAUAAGGCUACCAAGAAAUAGAACAAGGGUUUGGUUAGGGACUUUCGACACUGCAGAAGAAGCUGCUAUGGCAUAUGAUACAGCGGCGUACAUAUUGCGUGGAGAAUAUGCACAUUUGAAUUUUCCAGAUCUUAAGCAUCAACUCAAGGCCAAUUCUUUGAAUGGGAACACAGCUGCACUUCUUGAAGCCAAGUUGCAAGCAAUAUCACAAGGCUUAUCUGCUAACAAAAAGUCCAAUGAUCCAUCACCAACACAGGAAAAAGUAAAAGAUUUAAACGAAAACACUGCAAAAAGAGAGUGGCAAUUUGAGGUGGAGAGCAAGGCAGGGUCCGAAGUGAAUGAGAGCAACAAGAAAAGUCAGGAGAUGCUACCCUCAGAUGUGGAUGCUGUACAGUUAAGUAGAAUGCCUUCCUUGGACAUGGAUAUGAUCUGGGAUGCUCUUUUGGUCUCAGAUUCAUGACAUCCUUCCUUUAUUUUCAUACAUUUGAAUGAAAAUAAAUGUAACUCAUAUUUUGCAGUCUUAUUUUAUUUCAUCUUGAAACUGGUAUAUUUGUAUCAGCUUUUACUAGCACAUAGUCACAUAGCUAAUCAAAACUUCCUUAUGGAACAGAACAGGCCAAUUAUUUUGGUUCAUUUCCUGUU